AUGGAAGAGAUUGCCCCAGAAUACGAUGUUGUGGUGCUCGGCACUGGCUUGACCGAGUGUGUGCUGUCUGGUGUCCUCAGUGUGAAGGGCAACAAGGUCCUCCACAUCGAUCGCAAUGACCACUAUGGAGGAGAGGCAGCUUCUAUCAACAUCGAGGCUCUCUUCAAGAAAUACGGCAACGUCCAACCCGGCGAGGAGCCAUGGAAGAAAUACGGCAGAGUCAAUGACUGGAACAUUGACCUGGUCCCCAAGCUGUUGAUGUCCAACGGAGAGCUGACCAACAUCUUGGUCUCCACGGAUGUUACUCGGUACCUCGAAUUCAAGCAGAUCGCUGGCAGCUAUGUCCAGCAAGGCAAGGGCCCCAAGGCGACCGUGGCCAAGGUGCCCUCGGAUGCCGGUGAAGCUCUGCGCUCAUCUUUGAUGGGCAUGUUCGAGAAGCGACGGGCCAAGAAGUUCCUCGAGUGGGUCGGUGAAUUCAAGGAGGACGAUUCGGCCAGCCACCAGGGACUUAACGUCCACAACUGCACCAUGAAGGAGGUCUAUGACAAGUUCAGCCUCGAGGAUAACACUCGCGAUUUCAUCGGUCACUCCAUGGCCUUGUACCCCUCCGACGGAUACAUCAACCAGCCUGGCGCCGCCGUCGAGACCAUUAACCGCAUUCGCCUGUACGUCAACUCUAUGGCUCGUUACGGAAAGUCGCCAUACAUCUACCCUCUCUACGGUCUCGGCGAGCUUCCUCAAGGCUUCGCUCGUCUUUCCGCUAUCUACGGUGGUACUUACAUGCUUAACACCGAUGUCGAUGAGGUGCUGUACGAGAACGGCAAGGUUUCCGGUAUCAAGGCCACCAUGAAGGAUCGCGAGGACCAAUCCGACGCCAUGAAGUUCGAGACUAAGACCAAGAAGAUCAUCGCCGAUCCUUCUUACUUCCCCAGCAAGUCCAAGGUCACCGGAUACUUGCUCAAGGCUAUCUGCAUUCUGAACCACCCCAUCGAUAAGACUGACAGCAGCGACUCUCUCCAGCUUAUCAUUCCCCAGUCCCAGGUUGGACGCAAGCACGACAUCUACAUUGCUAUGGUCUCAUCUGCACACAAUGUUUGCCCCAAGGGUUACUACAUCGCCAUCGUGUCGACUAUCGCCGAGAACGAUGCCAACCCCCACCUCGAGCUCGAGGCCGGUUUCGAGCGCCUGGGUAAGAUCGAAGAGAAGUUCAUGGGACCCCCCAUUCCUCUCUACGAGCCCACCGACAGCGGUGAGGAGUCCAACAUCUUCAUCUCCAAGAGCUACGACUCUACCUCACAUUUCGAGACUACAACGGAUGAUGUCCGCGAUCUCUACCGCCGCGCCACUGGUGAGGAGUUGAAGGUUGAGGGUCUUCGGGAGGACCAGCAGCUGGCCGCAGAGUAA